AUGACCAGUCCAUGCGGGCCGCAGCCAGCACACGCGCCGCCGGCCGGCUGGCGCCUGCUUUGCACCGACCGGCCGCUGUCUGUCGCGGCGCUGCGCCGCAGGGGCAAGCACGACAUCGCCUUUGGCAGCGACCACCUGCUGCUCCGCAACAGCCAGCGCGUGGUGGCGGUGCCCUACUCGGCCAUACAGCACGUCGCGAUCUUGGAGCAGGUGCCGAAGGAGCCCAAGGACAAGAACUGUGUCGUGCUGGCGCUGCGCAGGGACUCAGACAUCAAGGCGGGCAAGCAGCGACUGGACGUCAUUGUCGCUCAGACCAAAGUGUCCCCAGAGGUGUCCGUGGCGGUGCCGCCCGGCUGCGAGCAGCUGGCGUCGGGCCCCACCCUUGCGGGCCCCGCGGCGGUGGUGCUGUGCCAGCUGCUGGGGGCGCACAUCCCCGACAUCCUGGACGACACCUUCACCAGCAGCGACCCCUCGGUCUUCAAGGCGUCCUCCGGGGAUCUCGCGAUCUCCGCCAACGUCCGCACGGCUUCCGGCUGGCUCUUCCCGCUGCCCGGCGCGCUGCUGUUCCUCGGGAAGCCCGCGCACUUCCUGCGCCAUUCCGAAAUCGCCGGCGUCGAGUUCGCGCGCCUAGGGACGAGCAGCACGUUUGACCUGACGGUGCACGUCCGAGGCGGCGGGCGGGUGGAGUUCGGGCAGGUGGGGCAGGGGGAGGCGCCGCGGCUGCAGGCCUACGUGCAGGAGCGGCGGCUGCCGGUCGGGCCCCCGGACCCCAGCGCCGCUGCCAGGCCCCAGGCAGCCGCCGGCAGCAAGCGGGCGGCGAGCGGCGGCGGCCCCAGCGCAGCCGCGCACGGCGGCACAGCGGCGUACGGGGCGCCGCCGGGCGCCGCGGCGGGGUUGGAUGAUGAGGGGUCCGAUGAAGAGGAUUCUGAUUUCGACCCUGAGGCGGCAGACGCAGCCGAGCAGCCGCACGGCGGCAAGCGGCAGCGCACGGGCAGCGCGGGCGCUGGUACGAGCGGGGCAGGCGAGGAGGGGGAGGAGCUAGGCAGCGAUGACAGCGAUGAGGAGGACGCGGAGGAGGACGAUGACGAGGAUGAUGACUCAUCGGACGUGUCGCUGGUGGCCACCGAUGACAUGAGCGAUGGCGACGGUGGCGAAGAGGACGACUGA